CCGGAACCUGCCGAUGUCAUGUCAAAGCAAUGCAUUCUGGGUAUUCGUCGGGCGAGUUCAGGUGACUCGGGUCCUAUAGUGUUAUCUUCAGCUGGCCGACUCCACCUCAGUGGUCUUUCAUAGUUUUCAUCCUGAUUGGUGACUUUAAUCCAACGGGAGUCCGUCGGUGGACCGGGACAUGGACCUCACCGCCCCGCUCCCACGGUCAGCUCCCGCGGCUCCUCUCUAACCGGAAGCUCCGCUAGCUCCACUAGCUCCACCAGGAAUAUCCUGGAGUAACUGUUGAGAAUCAUGGAGCCAGAUGUGAUUCGGAUGUACUCCUCCUCUCCUCCCCCGCUGGAGGAUGGUGAAGAGGAAGAUGACUUUGGAGACUUUGAUGGCUUCUCCAGCGUCCCCCACAGUGUCAGCCUCACAGAGUUUGACACACCCACCACGUUCAACCAGGUCCAGGCGCUCAAUGCUACCUCCCCGCCUGAACUCCUAAAUAACGGGCGUGUGGCAGGCCACCCGAGCACCGCCGCUCCCCACACCCAGGAAGGGGACCCGGCCAAGGCCAACGGGGUCUUGUCCGGUGGCCGCCACAGCAGUUGCCCUUCGGAAAGGACGGUGGGAGAAACUAAAAAGGCUCUCUCCUGCGGUCUGCUCCCUGUGGAUUGCAACGGCGAAGGCCCGGAGGUUUUAACAAACGGGUUUAAGAUGCUCGAUGUUCAGGGAAUUCCUUCACUGCAAAAUUCUGUCAACAGCUGUAGAACCGGAGCCUCCCCAGAGGACACGGAAGCUGUCCCGCCUGAAAGCCGGGAUGACGAAUUUGCAGACUUUGCUGCUUUCGCAGAUGUUGGAGCCAGCGACAGUCCGACUGCACACACAGCAGAGGUUUCACACAGCCCGUUCGGGGGCUGCUCACUCCGGGAGGGUCCCAGCCCAGUCUACUCUAACAUAGACCAGGGAAUCACUUUAGAGGGGGACAUGGAGGAAGCACACAGAGUUGGACUGGAUGGCUCAGAAUCUGUAUCCUCUUGUGAGCUCCCAGACGUACCGUCAAGCCAGCAGCAGGGCGGUCUCUCAGAUACCAAAUCAAAACAACCGGACUGCCUUCCUGAGCACUUAAAUACAUUCUGCACUACGACAGAAAUGCUGGCUCUGAACGGAUUUUGUGAUGACAGGGCUGAAGAGACAGCGGGCAGUGGCGAAGACUGCACUCCUCAAGAAAGGACCGGCAAGGAAGAAACAACUGAACGGUCAGUGGAGGAGGCCACUGGAAACGGGACAGAGACUCGGACCUCGUUGGACCAGGACCCCCCAGAGCUGUGUGGGGACCCCAGCACUACUGGCUUGGGGCCCUCUGCCCUACCCCAGGAGGACUCUGCUGCGCCCAACCAUCACAGCCCGCCGCCAGAAGACCAGGACGUGGGUAUUAGGGGUUUUGACGAUGUUGAUGGCUUCAGUGAUCAAGACUUUGCUCAUUUUGACCAGUUAGAUGUCCAGGUGGAGCACGACCUGCCCAGCACCCAGUCGACCGCAGACCAGCAGGUCCCAGGGGACCAAGAAGACGAGGACUUUGGGGAUUUUAACACCCAAAGGUUUGAACCUGCGGGAACAGGGGAGGAGCAGGAGGAAGGGGAGGAGCCUCUUCCUCUUGAGGACAGCAACUACAACAGCAACGAUGACAAGGACAGAGGCCAGUUCACUGAGUUCCCAGGCAGCGACAGCUUCGGGAAUUUCAGCUCGGUCGCAGUGGACGUGGCGCCGCAAGCGGGUGCGGGCUGGAGCGCCUUCAGCGAGGAGGCAGGGCCGGCAGACGAGGACUCGUGGGCGGCAUUUGAUGGAGAGCAGGGCUCUACUCCAGAGGUACAGGAGGAGUGGUCCACACCCGAAGCCCCUCCCCCAACCUCAGACCACCCAAACAGCAGGACAGAGGUCCACUCUCAGGUGGCGCUCUCAGGUCGUGUGGAGAGGCUGUUUCAGCAGAGCUUCCCAGGGAACCCCGUCACCGAGGUGGAGGAGAAGGUGCCCCCCCUGAAGUGUCUCCUGGAGCCCACGGAGGAGCCGGGGGGCGCCCCCCAGGGGCCAGGAAAAGGGCCCAGGACCACACCACCCAACGGAGCGCUGCGGGCCAACGUGUGGAGGCAGCUGCUGGACAUCCACGAGGCGUUCGGGCUCAGGCACCAGUGGGGAGGUUCCCAUAGCAACAAGACGCUGCUCUGCUCCCUGGGCAUUGACACCCGGAACAUCCUCUUCACAGGCCAGAAGAAGCAGGCCAUCAUCGUCCCCAUGUAUGCUGCCAGCCUGGGCAUGUUGGAACCCACCAAAGAACCUGUGAAACCCAUCUCGGCCGCAGAGAUGAUCACCUCCAUAGCACAAGCGCCUCCGCUGGGAACAGAGAAGAGCCCCUGUCCAGACACGGCCCAGCAGGAGGCCCUCCCACCUGUCCAGUUUGACUGGAGCAGCAGUGGCCUUACAAACCCCCUGGAUGGUGUAGAUCCAGAGCUGUACGAGUUGACCACGGCAAAGCUGGAUUCGACCGGUUCCGGCCGCCGCGUGGUGGACGCCUUCGCACGCCUCAUGUCAACCAUGGAGAAGACCAGCACCUCCGCCAGGAAGCCCAAGAAGGAGGAGCACCUGAGUGCGGAGGCGGCCAAAGUGAUGGCCUCCCUGCCCGACCUGUCCUUCAUGCAGGCCAAGGUCCUGAUGUUCCCCACCACCCUCACACCCCUGGGCUGCUCCAGGGCCACACCCGACUGAGGGCCCUUCCUGUGCUCUGCACCGCCGCGCUCCUCCUCCUGCUCCUCAUCAUACUCAACCCGCUUUCCAUUUGUUAUGAGUGUGUUGUUGGUUUUGUGUCUGUUUUUCUUUGGUUAUUUUGGUGGCUGAGGUUUUGGGUUCUGAGCAACUCUAUUGCAACUUCCCCCCCCCCCCAUCUUUUUAAAUUGAUGUUGGGUUUGCGUAUUAUUAUUAAUUUUUAACUUUAAGCAGGUGAUUGGCUCCUUGCCUGGGGGGGGGGGGGGGGGAGCUAUAUUGGGGACUUGUUGCCCAACUAAAGAUAUCAAUAUCAUUUGGUCCAAUGGCAGUCAUGUUUGUGAUUGGUCAGCGAUAGGGACGUAAUCACUCAUGUACAUAGUACAUCCUGGAGCCCCAGUUCCCUUUGGAGUUAAUUUUUAUCCUUUAGAUCAUUAUUUGAGGUUUGAUUUCCUAUGUUGCUGUCUAGUGGAAGUGCAUCAGUGUCUUUUUGAAGGAAACUCGAGCUGGCAUUAUACCUGCAAAGGUUAAAUCAAAGUAAGUAAAUGUAUAGUAUAAAUAAAAUGCAUAUUUAAUAUCUAUACAUAAUAUAUAUAUAUAUUGUAUAAACUUGAAACCACACUGCCUGCGAAAUCCAGUCCAAUGUAUUUGCCUGUUGUGUUUAUGAUCUUUUAAGUUUCCUUUGUGUUUAAAGGGGACAUAUUAUACCACCAGGUGUGAGUGUGAUUAGCAGUUACAAGCCAUUUUGAAAAUUGGCAUUUUCUGACAUCACAAGUGGGCGUGUCCAACUUGAUGUGUGCUGGAUAGAUGAGCAAUGUUUGCUACAGUUCACUGGGUAGGCUGGCAGACUGAUUUAUCCAGCACAUAUCUAGGUGGAAACGCCCCCUAGUGAUGUCAGAAGACGCAGAUUUUCAAAAUGGCUUGUAAUGCCUAAUCACGCUCACACCUAUUGGUAUUAUGUCACCUUUAAGUGUUUGAUUAUGUUGACCCAGGGCUCCUAGUACACUACUAGUAAGACUAGGACUGUCCCUUUUGUCCGUCACCUUCCCCUCGUCUGCCUCAUGAAGAGGAGGCCUGCAUGGGAGGCUGCUUCUGAGACCAAGCAGAGAGGAACACUCUUCCUGUGAUUAUUGUUUUAUCUUAAUGUUUUUUGUCUGGGUGUUUGUGGUUUGGUGCUGGUGGUUGAUGAAGCAGAAUAAUGUUUUGGUAAAAUCCACUGAAACUAUCAACACCUCUCUGAGAGCUGUCGACCUGCAAGGGAAUUAAGGGACCAAUGGUUUUGCUUCAGUUAGUAUCACUGUCCAAGAUGAAGUGCAUUUAUGUUUGUUUCUCUCAUUUGCUUUGUUUGCAGCUUAUUGUUUGAUCUUAAUAUUUAGUUUUAUUUUUGUCGUACCACUGUCACCCCGUCUCUCCAGGAGGAUUUUGCACAUUGUAAAGAUGAAAUGGAUGUAAUCAUAGUCCACUGUGGCUUUAGACUGUACAGUUAAAACUAUGAACUGUAAAUGUAUGGGGAAUUUCCUAUGGAAACAUCCUCUGACUUGAAGAGCCUGUCAAAGGUCAGCGUGCAUGCCCGGCUUCUUCGAGACUUUACGUGUGUCAACUUUACAUUUAGUGUACACAAGAAAUUAAAGUAAUUUAAGAGAUA